UAUUUCUGCUGUUUAAAUAAAAACUUAAAAAUUAAAGCUAAACAGAAUCUCUUCCUAUUGGUUUUGAUGACGUUUACAAGCCAUUUCCGCUCCCAGGUAUCCCACAAUGCACCUUUCGUUCCUGAACACCAUAGAAUUACUGUUUACCCUGGAAAUGUAACAAGCGUCAGUCAUUUUGCUUCAGCCCCACUAGCCAAAGGAUAUUUGUAACAGUUACGUACUAAAUAAUUGUGAGGUAUAAAAAAGCAAUUUACGUUGUUGUUAAUCGUUGUUUAUCUCAUCGUUAAAACUGGAAAGUUGGUGAGGUACUGAGUGACCGCAGUAAAAUGGUGUAACAGUCAGCGCAUUUAAGGUCAUGUGAUAAAUAGAAUUGGCCUAUCUAGUACUUUCUGGGAUAGUCAUGCCCUCCCCCCACACGCCAUGUCAUCUGUGGGCAUGGAUGAAGCCAUGCGGCAGUGAGGGCAACUCCGUUGCGUCGUCGGCAGGGCACAGCUAAGCACGUUCCGGGUGAGGGUGCCAGCAGUAAAGAUGGCGGAGGACUUGCUGGAAACGGUGGACAGGCUGCAGUCCAGGCUGUCGGACAACCAGGAACCCAGAAAGCUGCUCAAGACUCUGAAGAGACUGGGAGAGCUCCCCAUCACUGUGGACAUCCUGGUGGAGACAGGGGUGGGCAAGGCAGUGAACUCCCUGAGGAAGCAUGAGCAUGUGGGGGAGACGGCCAAGAGCCUGGUGGCCAAGUGGAAGAAGCUGGUGCCUCAGGCGGUGGACAGGCCCAGCAGUGCCAGGGAGGGACGGCCCCAUUCCAGAGGAGGGGAGAGUGGGCGGAAACGCGUGAGGGAGCCCUCCCCAGAAGACCAGCACCCCAGGGAGGAGGAGCCGGAGGAGGAGGAAGAGGAGAGAGAAUACCACACUAGUUACUCGCCCUCUCCCCCCCAACACCACUACAGCCCCCCACACAGCCACAGCGUCCAGGGGGGUUACCAGUCAGAGGGGUUCGAGAGUCCUGCGGAAGAAGAGCCGCCCCUAAGCCCCCGCAGGGAGAUCAGGCAUUCUGUACAGACGCCCAAACCGCACAAGGACCCCCACAGGGAUCGGAGCGCUCAUGGGGAGCGGGACCGGGACAAGGACAAGGAGCAUCGUCAUGGGGACAAGCCCCAGGGCAGAGGCAGUGGCGAGGUGAAGAAGCGCAGUAAGGAGGCCGACCACCAGGGCGGCGCCAAAGACAAACCCCCGAAACAGAGCCGGCCCCUGCAGCCCCGUGGCCCAUCUGACCCCCCCCACAAGGCAGAGAGGGAGGGCAAGAGUGAGAAGAGGGGUGGCGUGGAGGCGAAGCCCCGGGACCCCGGCCAGGCCCAGGACCGGCCCAAGCCGGCCUCCAGAGGGGGCGCUGUUGAGGAGGAGGAGGAGGCCUUCGAGGCGCCCACCAUGUCCUUCGAGUCCUUCCUCAACUACGACGCCCCCCCACCCGGGAAGAAGAAGAAGAAGCCCCCCCGGCCCCCCUCUGCUGCCCCCCCCAAAGCCGCUGCCGCACCCAGCAAGGCCAACGGGCGCCAGAGGCAGCGGCCCAGAGCCCCCCCCGCCCCCGCAGCCUCGCCGCCUGCGCCCGAGAAACGCAGGAAGGUCGUGGAUGUGGUCCCCACUCUCCCGGACAUCCCUCUUCCUGCGAUCCAGCCUAACUACCGCCCACUGCCAUCGCUCGACUUAACCCCGCUGUCGCCCCAGAGACGCAAAGUUCCUGUGUCAUGUGACGAAGAGGACGCAGGCUUCACUGGACGGCGCUUCAAUUCCAAGAUGGCGGUGUACUCCGGCUCUAAGACUGCAUACCUGCCCAAAAUGAUGAGCCUGUUUGAGCAGUGCAUCCGCGUGCUACAGAACAACAUUGACUCGAUCGACGAGGUGGGUGGGGUGCCCUACGAGAUCCUGGAGCCAGUGCUGGAGAGGUGCACCCCGGAGCAGCUGUACCGGAUAGAGCAGUGCAACCAGUGCUUCAUGGAGGAGUCGGACGAGCUGUGGAUGCGACACUGCCAGCGGGAUUUCCGCCGGGAGUCUCCGCAGGAGUACGAGUCGUGGAGAGAGAUGUACCUCCGGCUCCAUGACGAGAGAGAGGAGAGGCUGAGGAUGCUCACGCAGAACAUCAGCUCUGCACACGCCAACCGGCCAAAAGCUCCGCUCUCUGACGUGGGGCGCGAGUUAGACACGCUCAACUUAAGUUUACAGGGUUGCGCUGUGGGCGGACGUGGUCACUCCGGCCGAAUCGACAUGUCUGGACACGGACACGGUCACGGGCCCGGCUGCGGGUGCGAGGCCGACCAUGAGCCUGCGGAGAGGGGUUUGGAGUUCGGGCUGUACCGGCGCAUCGACCUGCAGAAGCUGCAGUGCCUGAACGAGAGCCGGGAGGGAGACGGCAGGCUCGUCUUCAAGCCCUGGGAGGAGCGCGCGGACCGCGAGAAGGUGUGUGGUCGGUACCGGCUGGACCUGCGGGCGGGCUGCAGGCGCAGCCGGUCCGGGAGACCGGGGCAACAGAGCAACCGCGCCGUGGCGGCCGCCAUCUUGGCUCCACCUUCGGUAGCCUGCGUCAUCUCUCUCAGGAUCAGGCCAGCCCAGUCCUACAGCUCCCAGUUCAGUGAGUCCUCAGCCCAGUUCUCGUCCCACAGUAGUCCCCCUGAGGUACCCCGCUCCUCCUCGGGGGGCGGUGCAUCUGCAGUGGUGGGCCACAACGCCAGCAGCAAGCCCCAGGUCAAGAAGAUCGCCCCCAUGAUGGCCAAAACUAUCAAAGCUUUCAAGAACAGGUUCUCCAGACGAUAGAGACUGCAAUGACCCUGUACCCCUCCUUCUGUACCUGCCGUGAGUCCUGGGAGACUUCCCCAAUCUCCUCCAGACCCCAGAUGAUGCCCCCUUUUCCUUGAAAUGCCCCACCCCCCGGGAGGAAGACGGGGCAGCUCAGUGCAUUUCCACAGCCUUCUGCUUGAGGGCUCUCAGUCACUUCAUCACGGCGGCUCGUGGCUCUGCGCGUGGUCCAGUGAAGCUGACCUUCAGUCCCUGGCCACAGACACCAGUGAUGCCUGCAGAACUGAGACACUGGUCCCUGUCCAGGGCCCUCUCCUGAGCCCCUUCAUCUCCCUGGACCUGCACUGCGCUGACCUUUCAGGACUGUUACUCAGCUCUUCAGAAAAUGAACACUGCAGAUUUCAAGAUGAAAUUUGUAUUUUUACAGUUAACUUGAAAAUCUCCCCGUGGUUUCAGAGCUAAAAAAACUGAUGGGUCCUAAUUAAGGUAACUUACUGCUUCUAUUAAGAGUUCAGGACUGGGAUUUAAGGAACCAGUGAACACUGGAAACCUCCUGGAGGAGCAGGAAGGCUAGAAGUGAGAUCACACACACAGACCAGACACUCACAGAUUCGCACCUGCACUCAGACCUGGCCAAAUGCUCACUGAUACACACCUGGUUUUAGACCUGGCCAGACGCUCGCAGAUACACAC